AUGGAUGCCAUGAGUGUUGAAAUGGAUGUCUUGAACAAGAAUAAAACAUGGGAUUUAGUUCCUUUGCCACGAGGAAAGAAAGCUGUUGGAUGCAAUUGGGUGUUUACUUUGAAGCAUAAAGCUGAUGGUUCCAUUGACAGUUACAAGGCUAGAUUGGUAGCAAAGGGUUAUUCUCAGACCUAUGGUGUGGAUUAUUUGGAGACCUUUGCUCUAGUGCCAAAGCUCAAUACUGUGCGCAUACUAUUGUCUCUGGCUGCUAACCGCGGCUGUCCCUUAUUACAAUUCGAUGUCAGAAAUGCGUUUCUACAUGGUGACCUUAAGGAGGAGAUUUACAUGGAUCUCCCUUCUGGUAUUCCUGUAACCUCUAAGGAGGGUGUUGUGUGUAAGCUGCAGAAAUCUUUAUAUGGAUUAAAGCAGUCUCCAAGAGCGUGGUUUGGGAGAUUUGCAUCAUCUAUGAAGAAAUUUGGGUAUGUGCAGAGUAACUUAGACCAUACUUUGUUUCUAAAGCGUCAUAAAGAGAUUGGAAUGUUAUAUUGUAAACCAAUUGAUACCCCUAUUGAACAGAAUCAUAAGUUGAGGUUGUAUCAUGAUCAAGUCCCUACAGAUAAAGAGCGUUAUCAACGACUUGUGGGAAAAUUGAUUUAUUUAUCUCAUACACGUCUUGAUAUUGCAUAUGCAGUGAGUGUAGUGAGUCAGUUUAUGCAUUCUCCUAGUGAAGAUCAUAUGGGUGCUGUGAUACGCAUCUUGAUGUAUCUGAAAGUAACUCCUGAAAAAGGGUUAAUGUUUUGCAAGUAUGGUCAUACAGAUGUGGAAGCGUAUACGGAUGUUGAUUGGGCUGGUUCAGUCACUGAUAGACGUUCUACGUCUGGGUAUUUCACAUUUGUUGGUGGUAAUCUUGUUACUUGGAGGAGUAAAAAGUAA